AUGUUUACAAAAAUUUUAUACAAAUUUUCUUAAACACCACUACUUACAAUUUCAUUAAUAGGUAGAUCUUCUGUUGGUAAAUCAUCACUCUUUAAUAAAUUGUAAACAGGUGAAAAUGUAGCUAUAACAUCAAAUCAAAAAAACAUAACAAGAGAUAGAAAAGAAGUAAAAAAUCAAAAAUAUUAUUUGAGGCUAUAUCUGAAAUCUUUCCACUUCCUAUUAGAUUUGUUGAUACUGCAGGAAUUGAGAAUGUAGCUUUAAAGAAGAUUCUAAAUCCAUUAUAAUAGAAGAUGUUAAUGCAGACUAUCAAUGCAAUUGAGUAUUCUGACAUAGCUUUAUUUGUUGUGGAUGCUAAAGCUGGUUUAACAAAUAUAGAUCAUUAAAUUGCUAGAUGGUUAAAAAAAACACUCUAAUUAACUAAUCCUGAUCCUAAAUUAGUUAAUGAAUUGAAGGAAUUGGAAAUCAAAACUAAUCUUAAAAAAGCUAUAUUAGUAGCAAAUAAAUGUGAAAAUGAUGUUAUUUUUGAAACUGAUAUUGAUUCAUAACUUAAAAGAAUGGGACUUGGUAAUCCUAUAUAUGUUUCAGCUGUUGAUGGAACUGGAUUCUAAGAUCUUCUUACUAAAAUCUCUGAAAACAUACCUUAAGCUGCAUUUGAAGAGCAUUAAGAAAGAAAAUUAAAACGGAAGGAAAAAUAUAAAGAAAUUAAAGAAAAAUGUAGAUAAGAAAUGGAAGAAGUUAUUUAAUAAUAAUAAAUUGAGUUUGACAUGAAAAUUUGGGUAUUUUAUCAUUAUUAUUAAUAUUAAUUAGGAAAAAGAAUUUGAUCUAGCCAAUCCUAAUCCUGAAGACAAUAGUGAUCUUGAUGAUGAAAAUAUUGCUAAUCCAAUCUAUACUAAAUCACCUAUUCAAGAAAAGUAAGGAGUUUCAAAAGAAAAUCUAUAAUUAAGAAAUCCAAUCAUGCUUUCUAUUAUGGGAAGAUAGAAUGUUGGAAAGUCUAGUCUAGUCAAUACAUUAUUAGGAGGUAUAGAUUAUUCUUAAUUUUAGAGGAUAGAGUUAUUGCUGAUCCAACUCCAGGAACAACUAGAGAUCCUAUAUCCACAUAUUGGGUUUAUAAAGGAUAAAAAAUUUAAUUAGUAGAUACUGCUGGUAUUGAACCUAAACCAAAGAUUUAAACUGAUUUAGACUUAUAAAUUAUUGCAAAAACAAGAUCUACUUUGAGAUUUUCUAAUGUUGUUGUUUUAUUAAUAGAUUCAUUAGGAGCAUUUAGAGAAGUAGAUUUAGAACUAGCAUAAGAGAUUGUUAAAUAAGGUAGAGGAUUAAUAAUAGCUGUAAAUAAAUGGGAUAUGGUUGAUAAUGAUUAUAAAGCAAAAAUAGUUAAAUAUUUGAAGGGUUAAUUGGAAAAGAAUCUUGGAGAAGUACCAAAUUGUAAAUUAAUUACAAUAAGUGCUGAAAAGAAAAUUAAUAUUGAUCUUUUAAUGGAUUAAGUUAUAUAAGUUUAUGAUAAAUGGAAUACUAGAGUACUCUAUUUUUUUAAUCAUUCUAUUUAGGUUUCUACUGGACUAUUAAAUGAUUGGCUUAAUAAAUUUAAGAAGAUUUAAAGUUUACCUUCUGAAGAUGGUGAUAAAUUAAAAAUUAGAUUUAUUGCAUAAAUUAAAGUGAGACCACCAACUUUUGCAUUAUUUAUUAAUUAAGGUUCUUUGUUCAAAAGUAUUCAUUAAUAAAUUAUAUAUUUUAGAUAGUUAUUUAAAGUUUUUGAGAAAGAAAUUAAGUGAAGAGUUUGAUAUAUCAGGAGUUCCAAUAAGAUUGGUUUUAAGAGAUAUAGCAUAUGCUAAAGAAAAGAAAACUUUAGAGAGAGAUAAUGAAAUGACAGUUGCAGAUUUGUUAUUAAAAAGAAGGAGAAUUGCUCGAUUAGCUAAAUAGAAAUUAGAAAAAUUGAAAUAGAAAUCUCAAGCGAAUAAAUAAUGAUU